GGUUAUUUAGGCUACAGAAAUGCCGUGGGUGGUUUGGUUGGAACCGCGGACUUGGGUCUUCUAAGCGAACAGCGUCCGAUUCGCAUACUCACCAGCGCAUCAUCUAAAGUUUGUUGAGCAGGUUGGAUGACGCCUAGUUUCCGGGGACGGUGUCUAAUGAACAAUGGCAGCUCUGAGGUCGAAUCAGAUACCGAUAUGGACAUCGAAGGCGAUUUUCUGUACUUUAUUCUGAUGUCAGUGGCAUAUCAUUCUGUAUUGACAACGCCACGCAUGUCUAUAAAAACCACUGGAAUCUAGAUAGACAAAAUAGACAGCGCAUCAAGAAUCGCAUACCAGAAAUAGCUCAUACAAACAAGAUGACAGACACCACAGACUACUCAACCACCACCUUUCGCACGAUCAACAACAUCGACAACUCCGCCCAAACCGCCUACACCGGCGACACAACCUACGGCACCUACGAAGACGAUGCCAUAACCGACUACGGCCUUCGCGGGACCUCAGAUCCAAAGCCCUACUCCACUCCAGCCACCGCCACCGCCUCAGGAAUUCGCGGCUACGACCCCUCUGACUACUCAGACAUCGCUGUGCAGGAUGGUGGUGGCCAUACGGCGUAUGACCCUGUGACGGGGGCGUACGAUGAGCAUUAUGAUUAUCGGACGGAGGAUGCGACGAAGCAUCAUCGGGAGAGGAUGUUGCCGGACGGGACGUAUCAGUUGAGGGAGGUGGAUCGGCUUGAUGAUGGGACGGCGAGGGUGCAUCGGGAGUACAGUAAUCCGAAUACGGGGACGAAUUUCAUCAAGGAUUAUCAGAAGUGAUUGAUUUAUUGUUUGCGUUUGUUCAGUCUAUGUGAUAAAAGGAAAAUGGCAAAUGGAUAGGAUUUCUUUGGCAAUUUAUAAGAUGUAUAAUACUAAAGUGGCUGGACAGUUCAGAAACGAAUAUGCAUGCUUGAUGUGUUUUUAAACAAAAAGUAGGCCACUCGAUGUUGAAGCAUUCGGGACUAAGAAUAAAAGCACGAGUAUCCCAGUUCCGUGACCUAUGCAAAGCUCCUGUUUUCAGGAGGGUCCUCUGUCC